UAGUCGAAACUGGGUUGUUGAUGUGUUUGAAAAUUGACAAUUUGACAUAUCACUAGUUUGAAGCCUAACCACUCCCACACAACCAACACACUCAUUCAACCCAGAUGCGCCCAUGGAUUUGUGUCUUUCUGACUUGUCCACCUAGCUAGUUCUUUCACAUUUAGCCACCAAUAUAAACAUUCCCACCCUCCUCAAUUUCUUAUCCAGCUUUCUCAAUCUUUCUGACAAAGUUCUAUCUUCUUCUUCUAUUCAAGACCAAACAAUCAUAUUACAUUUCUUAGAAACUCCUUACACAUUCACAGGAGCAUUGGUUUAAGAUUCUGGCCAUGGAGAUUCAAGAAAACCAAAGUGACUCAUUGUCAGAGUCUGACAGCACAAGUAGCGCAAGAGUUGGCUAUAGUGGCCCUUUAAGUGGUCCAUUAGUCUCCAACAAAAGAAACAGCAGCAAGAAGAGUGCAAGAUUCAAAGAUGAAGAAUGCUAUGUAGAAAUCACACUAGAUGUACGCGAUGACUCAGUUUCAGUGCAAAACAUCAGAGGAGGAGACUCAGAGACUGCAUAUUUUGCAAGCCAGCUUGAGAAAAGGCCUAAUUCACUUGGUUCCCAGCUCUCAUUUAAACUUAGGCAAGUAUCACAGGAGCUAAAGCGAAUGACAUCUUCGAAGAGGUUUAACAAAUUUGAUAGGACCAAGUCUGGGGCUGCUCGUGCCCUUCAAGGCCUAAAAUUCAUGAGCAAGAAUGUGGGAACUGAAGGUUGGUCCCAAGUUGAAGCUCGGUUUGAUGAAUUGGCUGUCAAUGGGACGCUUUCCAAAGCGCGGUUUGGCCAAUGUAUAGGGAUGAAAGAGUCGAGCGAGUUUGCAAGCGAAUUGUAUGAUGCAUUGGCUCGUCGAAGAGGAAUAACAUCAUCUUCCAUAACCAAAGCUGAGCUGCAUGAAUUUUGGGAACAAAUUACUGAUCAGAGCUUUGAUGCAAGACUGCAAACUUUUUUUGACAUGGUCGACAAAAAUGCUGACGGUAGAAUUACAGAAGAAGAGGUGAAAGAGAUUAUUGCCUUGAGUGCUUCUGCAAAUAAGUUGUCAAAUAUCCAAGACCAUGCCGAAGAAUAUGCUGCCUUGAUCAUUGAAGAGCUGGACCCAGACAACCUUGGAUACAUUGAGCUGUUCAACUUGGAAAUGCUACUCCUCCAAGCUCCAACAAAAUCAGCCAACAGAGGGGGUGAUAGUCGUGUUCUAAGCCAGCUACUGAGCCAAAAGCUAGUCCCAACCAAGGAGCACAACCCCAUCAAGCGGUGCUACCGGGGAGUCACCUACUUCGUCGAAGACAAUUGGAAGCGGCUUUGGAUCAUUGCCCUAUGGCUUUCAAUUUGUGCAGGCCUUUUCACUUGGAAAUUCAUUCAGUAUAAGCAUAGGGCCGUGUUUGAUGUCAUGGGCUAUUGUGUCACAACUGCUAAGGGUGCAGCCGAGACCCUUAAGUUCAACAUGGCCCUAAUUCUUCUACCCGUGUGCAGAAAUACCAUUACUUGGCUUAGAAGCAAGACCAACUUAGGAAUGGUGGUACCUUUUGAUGACAAUAUUAAUUUCCAUAAGGUAAUUGCUUUUGGAAUUGCAAUUGGAGUUGGGCUACAUGUUGGUGCACAUUUAACAUGUGACUUUCCUAGGCUACUACAUGCAACUGAUGAUGAAUACGAGCCAAUGAAGCAAUUUUUUGGUGAAAAGAGGCCGGAUGACUAUUGGUGGUUCGUGAAAGGAACCGAGGGUUGGACCGGCGUGAUUAUGGUGGUGCUUAUGGCUAUAGCAUAUAUAUUAGCCCAACCUUGGUUCCGCCGAAGCAGGCUACACCUCCCAAAAACCCUGAAGAAGCUUACAGGGUUCAAUGCCUUCUGGUACUCCCACCACUUAUUUGUUAUUGUCUAUGUCCUGUUUGUAGUGCAUGGAUACUUCCUCUACCUCUCCAAGAAAUGGUACAAAAGGACGACAUGGAUGUAUCUGGCUGUCCCAAUUAUACUCUAUGCAUGUGAACGCUUGAUUCGUGCAUUUAGGUCUGGCUAUAAAACUGUGCGGAUAUUAAAGGUUGCAGUUUACCCUGGAAAUGUGUUGGCACUGCAUAUGUCUAAACCUCAAGGCUUUAAAUACACUAGUGGACAGUAUAUAUUUGUAAAUUGUUCAGCUGUCUCUCCCUUUCAAUGGCAUCCUUUUUCAAUUACUUCAGCCCCAGGAGAUGAUUAUCUAAGCAUUCACAUACGCACAUUGGGUGACUGGACAUCACGACUCAAAACUGUUUUCUCCAAGGUAUGCCAGCCUCCUUCUAGCGACCAAAGUGGCCUUCUAAGAGCCGACAUUGGACAAGGCAAUAACAAACCAAGGAUGCCAAGACUAAAAGUAGAUGGACCCUAUGGAGCUCCUGCACAAGACUAUAAAAUGUAUGAUGUUCUACUCCUCGUUGGCCUUGGCAUUGGUGCCACCCCUUUAAUUAGCAUCGUUAAAGAUGUGCUUAAUAAUAUUAAGCAGCAAGAGGAAAUAGAUGAAGGAAUGGUAGAGAGUGGUGUAAAAUCCAAUAAGAGAAAACCUUUCGCUACCAAACGAGCUUACUUCUAUUGGGUUACUCGCGAGCAAGGCUCAUUUGAGUGGUUUAGGGGUGUGAUGAAUGAGGUAGCAGAAAAUGAUCGAAAUGGGGUAAUCGAGCUUCACAAUUAUUGCACUAGUGUUUAUGAAGAAGGAGAUGCUCGAUCGGCUUUAAUCACUAUGCUUCAAUCGCUACAACAUGCUAAAAAUGGUGUGGAUAUUGUCUCGGGCACACGGGUUAAAACCCAUUUUGCUAGACCAAAUUGGCGUAAUGUUUUUAAGCAUGUAGCCCUUAAGCACCCCAAUGAAAGAGUUGGGGUCUUUUACUGUGGUGCGCAUGGAUUGGUUGGGGAUCUAAGAAGUCUAGCUCAAGACUUUUCCAGGAAAACCUCCACCAAGUUUGAUUUCCAUAAAGAAAAUUUCUAAUUUUGUUCUUUAUCCUUUGUUUUAAUACAUGAAAAUGUAUUAUAAUUAUAGGUUAUGUGUUUAUUUUUUUGUUCAUAGGUUUAAUCCUUUGUUGGGUAUACAAGUAAUAGAAUGGUUUAUUCAUAUAGUAAUUUAUAUUUAAUUAAUUAAUCUUGAUACUUAA